AUGCAGCUCAUGGGCUCUGAGCACUUGACCUCCGUGCCCGUGCAGAACACGGCAAUCCUCACCACGGUUUACAUUGACAGUCUUUUGGACGAGAUCCGUCGUCUCAAGAGCCAAGCUGCCUCCCAGAGCGCUUCAACCUCCACUUGUGCGCCGCUAGAUGACGUGACAUCAACAACGACGACGACAGCAACACCGUCUCAGAAUACCAGCUACACUAGCAACAGAGAGGCACUAUCGACACCAACAUCCGCAAACCCAGGCGAUAAUGAAGAGCCCACGGCAAUGGCAGCGGCAGCGGAGGAGGCCGCAGCAGCAGCCGGGGCCGCAGCUCCAGCAACAGCAACACUCGAAGUGAAACCGUGGUUCAUCAACGCCAACGUCUUCCGCACCCCGAUCCUCAUCGGCGAGGUCGCCGACGCCGCCUUCUCCACCCGCUUCCGCCAAGUCAUCUCGGACCCUUACGCGCCCCAACCCCGCCACAUGCUCCGCGUAAACUACGCCCCCGACGCCGAGCUCAUGGCCCUCGUCAAGUCCUCCGACGUCGCCUGGCCCACGCCCUCGCGCUCCCGCUUCCUCGUCGAGGUGGCCCUCAAGUACGUCGCCCGCCGGUACCACGUCGUCCGCCGCAGCGCCGUCAUGCGCGACCUCGAACAGAGCAUCCACAACCCCUCCUGGGGCGACCUCAUGCUCCGCUCCAAGCUCUGGGCCCUCUUCGCCAUCGGCGAGCUCUACUCCACCCGCUCCAUCCCCUCUGAGAAGGACUUCCCUGGCAUGCCCUACUUCGCCAAAGCCUCGCGCGUCCUCGGCGUCCUCGACGAGCGGCCCGGCACCGACUCGAUCGAGAUCAUGCUGCUCCUGUCCUUUUACUCGCUGGCCCUCAACCGCCGGUACAGCGCCUUCGUCAUGUCCGGCACGGCGAUGCGCAUGGCCAUCGUCAUGGGCCUGCACCUCAACAUCCCCGAAUCCCAGCUGCGCGACCCGGACCUGCGCGAGCACCGCAAGCGCCUCUUCUGGACGACGUACAUCUUUGACCGCAUCUGGGCCUCCAAGCUCGGCCACCCGACCGCCAUCCAGGACAGCGACGUCGGCGUCGACUUGCCCUCCGAGGCGUCGUCGGACGACGCGGCGACGGCGCGGACGCACGCGGCCGACUUUGAGGAUACUGCCUACCACGUGGCGAGCCUGCGGCUGGCGGCCCUCAUUACCAAGACGGUGCGCUCCAUCUACGGCCAGCGCAGCCAGGGCGAGGCGACGACGCUGUCGAAGAGGGUCCAGCAGGCGCUCAAGGAUCUCAGGGCGUGGGUGGAGGAUUUGCCUGUCCAUUUGCAGAUUGAUAACGCGGGGAUCGGGCCGAAGCCUAUUUCGCUGCAUUUGUCUUUUAAUCAGUGCGCAAUCCUAGCAACCCGCCCCAUCCUACUCCACAUCCUACGAACCCAAGUCGCCUCCUGGCCAUCCACAACCACAACGACCCCCGAAACCCAAGUCCCUGCCAGCGCCAUCACGCUAUCGGAAGCCUGCAUCCGCUGCGCGCGGCACUCGAUCCGCCUCCUCACCGACUCGUGGAUCGACGGGUCCUUUGCCACGUUUGACUACUUUUACACGCAGUACCUCUUUUCCGCGCUGACGAUCCUCGCCGCCUCGAGUCUCUUGCAGGACAGCCACGGGGCAGCGCCCAACGACGACAAGGAGGCCUUUGAGGAAUCGGUCAGGUUUCUCUCGCAGCUGCGGGACGCGGGGAAUUUCGCUGCGCAGGAGUAUUGUCACCACGUUGAUGUGAUGAGGGCUGAGCUUGAUAGGUUUUACGCGAAGCGGACGGGGAGGAUGGAGGCUGAGCAGCCGCCGCAGCAGGAACAGGCUUCCUCUUAUGGUGGGGUACCACAACCACUGCCGUCGCACGGACUCGGGCCUGAACCGGAAUCCGGCCCGCUCAUGACGUCGCAAUUCGGUCUGGGUGGUGGACUACCUGUGAGAGCCGGGGCCGGGCCCACAACGGCAGGGAUGGCGCUGACGGAGCCGUCGUUGGAGGAGCUCCUUGCGCAGCCGGUGUUGGAUCUGCAGUUUUUGGAGGCGUCGUUUUAUGAUGACUUGCAGGCGUUGUAUUGGCCUGAUUUUAGCGCGGAGAAUUGGGAUACGUGGGCUUCUACUUGA